CUCAAGGACGAUGCAGGAGCGAAUUGAGGAUGAUAUUUUAUCUGAAAACUCCCACCUAGAUGACCUCUACACACGCUACCGCCAGCGACUCCGCCGGUCGCUAUUUAUCACCGGACUCGGAAUAUCCAUGCUUUCCUGCCUCAUCUCGAUCGUCCUUUGUGCUAUGCACGAUGCGAUUCUGGCCGAUCUAGCGCUGCUGGCCGGAGCAUCCGUAGUGCUAUGUGGAAUACUGGUGGCCCUCCAAAUCCCGGCGGUGAUGAACUCACCGCUGGCAGCCCUCUCCUUUGCGAUCCUGACCACCGGCACGAUUGGAGCCAUCUCGACGUUCGUCGGUACGCAACUCGCACCGUUGCCACUGUUUGCGCUGAUUUUGGUAAUCCACACGAUGCUACCGAUAUCCUGGCCCGUGUCGGUGGUGCUAGCCGUGCUGCUGUGCAUCAUGCACAUUGGCUACCGUCUGCUGGCGCAUGUCUACGACUUUCCACCAACGUUCUUCCCGCAGUUGCUCGCGGAGACCGUGUUUCUAGCGUCAGCCUCCGUCUCGAGCCUCUACUACCGUAUCAUGUCCGAUGCGGCGCACAUCGAUGCCGUCGACGGCACUCGGACGGGCAUCGAGCAGCGGGUAAAGCUGGAGUGCGAGCGCGAGCAACAGGAGCAACUCCUGCUGAGCGUCAUACCGGCCUACAUUGCGGCGGAGGUGAAGCGUAGCAUCAUGCUGAAGAUGGCCGACGCCUGCCAGCGGGCCGGUGGCCAGAGUCAGACGAGAUUCCACGAAAUGCACGUGCAGCGGCACAACAACGUGUCCAUUCUCUACGCGGACAUCGUCAACUUUACGCCACUGUCCGAGCAGCUGACAGCAUCGGAUCUGGUUAAGACACUAAACGAAUUAUUCGGACGAUUUGAUCAAAUCGCACAAGAAAACCAAUGCUUGAGGAUCAAAAUUCUUGGUGAUUGUUAUUACUGUGUUUCCGGACUGCCCGUCUCCAGACCGCAUCACGCUGCUAACUGCGUCAAUAUGGGACUUCAGAUGAUCGAUGCAAUACGAUUUGUCCGUGAGGCGACCGGCUUCAAUGUGGACAUGCGGAUUGGCAUCCACACCGGCAACGUGCUGUGCGGUGUGCUGGGAUUACGCAAGUGGCAGUUCGACGUUUGGAGCGAUGACGUGACUCUGGCCAACCAUAUGGAGAGCGGUGGAGUCGCAGGCCGGGUCCACAUCACGAAGGCAACGCUCGACUAUCUGGGUGACAAGUUCGAGGUGGAACCGGGCGGAGGUGCCUCCAGGGAGUCCUACUUGGCGGAUCAUAAAAUUGAAACAUAUCUCAUCGUGCCACCGAAGAAACCCACAACCGAACUGGGUAAACCAGCUGCCACGGUGGAUUCGCAUACGCCCACGUCGAAUCUCGGGACACCCUCGCCGACCACCACGGUGCAGAUCAACGAGCCCGAACAGGAGCACCUGCUUCCGGCCCCCGAGCAGCCCCCACGCUCGCCGCGUACCCCGAAAACUCCGGAAGACAUGCGGCGCUCGCACACGUCCAUCUCGCCCGUCACCAUUCCAGAAGAGCAGGAACAACUGCUGCCCCCACCAUCGCCGGCCCAUCACAAUUCCGGAAGCCACGGGUUAAACCCUCCACCCACACCUUCUCCCAAGCAGACCGUGCAAAUUAACCCACCCACCAUCAACGAGGAGCCGGUCGAGAACGAUGGGCCGGGCGACGAAGCAGACGACGGGGACGAGCCAGAGUCGCGUAAGAAAUCCUGCCUAACGCUUCCCGUCGAACCAAUUACGACCAACGGACACCUUCCGGAGCGUGUCGGAAGUCGAAAACUUUCCGUACAAGGACUGAUUGCCUUCGCGGAGCGGCGCAAAUCGUCCGGUUCUAUUUUUGGCGACAUGCGAAAAAUGUCAAUUUCCAACAUCGAUUGUCUUCGGUCACCGAUGGUGGCGACGCCCGGUGGGCCACUCAUGCGGACACGACCCUCGUCCAAGAUGACCAAGUACGUCGAAUGCUGGGGUGCGGACAAGCCGUUCGCUAACAUCACGGACUCGAAAAUGGCCAAGAACAUCGGCCUGGCGAGUAUAGCGAUGAUCGAGUCCAAUCUGCUGCCGGAGGAUGGAUACUGUGGCGAGUGUAAAUGCUGGGGCCCUCCGAAAGAGCUGCAGCCCGUCACCAUGUGGUACAGGAAUACGGCCCGCGAGACACUGUUCCGCGCACAACCGGAACCCACGUUCCGGUUUGAUCUCAUCUGUUCCUUUAUUCUUUUUAUUUCAAUAGGACUGAUUCAAAUUAUAGUAUUUAAAAGCAAUGUAGUCGUUAUUGGUUCACUGAGUGCAACAGUCGUAGCGUUAGGAUUGUUUUUAUACUUAAGCAACUACCAGAUGUCGAACCUCUCGCCACCGGGUAACAACGGCCCGGGACAGGUCAUCGCAGCCAGCCGUGGUCUUCGAUUAGCCAUCUUCCUCAUCUCCACGGCGCUCAUUGCAGCCUGUGCCAUUUUCAGUGUGGUAAGUUUAGCCGUCCGUACAAACAUAACAAAACCCCCUGCUAAUUUGACUCUGCGGCAGAUAAACUUUGACGAUUUAGUUAUCGCGGACAUUCGCUUCGUGAACAACGCCACCGAAGAAAUCACGUACGACCAACAGUACGCCCCGGUUGCUCCCGUCUACCUCUACAUGUGCGCGAUCAGCCUGGCCGCGGUGUCCGCUUUCCUCAAGGCGGGGUUCCUUGUGAAGGGGCUGCUGAUGGCACUCUUCAUCGCCAUCCAAUGCUCCAUCCUGUGGACGAGCUCUCUGUUCGAGACGUACGAAAUUUUAAGCGAAUCUUGGCCGCUGGGAUUACGAGGCUUACUGUUUCUGUUGCUGAUAGCCACCGUGCUGCAUACACUCGACCGCCAGGGAGAAUACGUGUCCCGCACGGACUUCCUCUGGAAGGCCAAACUGAAGGUGGAACAGGAAGAGGUGGAAACCAUGCGCGGAAUCAAUAAAAUUUUAUUGGAAAACAUAUUGCCCGCACACGUCGCCCAGCACUUUCUGAAGAAGGAACGUGCCGUGCAGGAGCUGUACCACGAGAGUUACUCGUCGGUUGCGGUCAUGUUCGCAUCGAUACCCAACUACAAGGAGUUCUACGACGAGACGGACGUGAACAAGCAGGGUCUGGAGUGCUUGCGGUUGCUGAACGAGAUUAUCUGCGACUUUGACAAGCUGCUGCUCAAGCCCAAGUUCAGCGGUAUCGAGAAGAUAAAAACCAUCGGAAGCACCUACAUGAUUGCAUCCGGGCUACGUCCCGGCAAGGAGGAGGGUGCCACGGUAAGACGGCGUUUUUAUCCUUCUAACAAAGACGAAAAGCGCACCGAGGAGCACAACGUCGUGGUGUUGGUAGAGUUCGGCAUAGCGCUCAUGACGGCACUGGAUCAAAUCAAUCGAGAAUCAUUCCAACGAUUCCGCCUGCGGAUCGGGCUUAACCAUGGACCAGUGAUAGCCGGUGUCAUCGGAGCCCAAAAGCCGCAGUACGACAUCUGGAGCAACACGGUCAACGUGGCAUCGCGCAUGGACUCGUGUGGUGUGAUGGGUCGGGUGCAGGUGACAGAAAACACGGCCAAAGUCCUCAUGGCUGCUGGAUACUCCUGUGACUGCCGAGGACCAAUUCACGUGAAGGGCAAAGGAAUUCUAACGACCUAUUUCGUCAAGACACCAUUCGAUGAGCGAAUCUAAAGCACAUAUGCGAAAGGAAGAUUCGAAGGAUAGUGAAGGCGAAGGAGAGUAAUAAUAAAAAAAACUUACACCAAAGACGAGUAGCUGACAUAAAAUUUUGAAACGAGUAUAAAAAUCAUAAACUGCUCCUAGAGUCCAAACCCCGUCUUCGCUAGUUUGAUCGUCAUGUUUUUGUGGUUUAGUUUUUAUUAUUAAAAACAACAACAGUAUGUUAAACUGUCAUUUAAAUCAAUGUUCGUUAGGAUAGUGAUACAAUGUCUGCUAAAUGUGAGCAAAAUGAUCAUGAGUAGCAGUUAGUGUUUGAACAGGACUACGAUCAUUAGCAAACCCGUUUUUAUGAAUAUGAAAUCGUUCUAGCUCUAAACUAACGCAUGCAAACAAGUACAAUAGCAGUUCAGAAUACCGGAAGUAUUUUAUAAGCGCUAACUAACACCAACAACACAAAACAACAAAAUUGCCAACGGUGUCGGGUUUGUAAACAGAACUCAGUCUACGGCAAAGGAUGUACAAAGAGAACAGUUUAGUUAUCCGGACUCAUGAAUAAGUUUUCAAUGCCUCCGAUAUCAACUUGUUCCAAAGGAAAUAAAAUCAUCUUAUAUGGAGGUCACAUGAUGCAU